AUAAUAGUGUUUAUAUAAGUAAACCAUAAUCUGAAGUGUUCCUAAAAAGUAGUAAUAAAUUUAGUAGAACGUGAUAACAUAUUGAAAUAUUUUACGAGAGUUUUCUUUCACGUGAACUAUCCGAAAUAAAUGUGGACGAAGGUAUCGGAGUAAGAAAAAGAUAGAAAUAGUAUCUAAGAAGGAGAGGUUAAUUCGUGCACAGAAAAGAGUCAGAGAAAGAAAGCAAGAUAUAGAGGAAAAGAGAGGGCACUCAGUGCCGAAGCUUUAUCUUUAUUAUGCGCCGCUGAGUGAAUUGUCAAGUGAAAUCAGAAAUGGCUGCCAACGAGCAACAACGCAAGGAACCACGUGAAUUACGAGAACCAGCCCACCAUGCAAGGAGACCAAUGAAUGCUUUUCUGAUAUUUUGUAAACGACACCGUGGUUCAGUGCGAUCUGGUUUCCCACAUUUAGAAAAUCGUGCUGUUACAAGAGUACUUGGAGAAUGGUGGGCCACCCUUCAUCCAGAUCAAAAACGUUCAUAUACAAAUUUAGCACAGGAGUACAAAGAUGCAUUUUUAAAUGCAAAUCCUGAUUUUAAAUGGUACAAAUUACCAGCACCUCCUUUACGUACUUUGAAUACUAGGCCUACAAACAAAAAGGCAGAAACAAGUUCUAAUGAGCAACCAGUAGAAAAUGUAAAAUCUGAGAAUAAGUCUUCCGAUUAUUUAAAAUCUGACAAGCGAGAUGGACAAUCAAUUCAACCAGGCAAACUAGCUGAUGAAUCCCAAAUUGGUGGCCUCAGUUCAUUAUUUACACCUCAAAAAACACAAGUAACAGAUGAGCAAAUAACUAUUAAUGGUUCUGUGAUUGAAAAUGAUGUUCCAAAACCUCCUAAAAAAAGAUAUUCAGAUAUACCUUUUUCAUCUGAUACAAAAAGAGAAUGUAAAGCUGAUCUUUUUGAUGUAAAAAAGAGGAAAAAAUCUGAAUCAAACAAUAAUGUACAUCAAUAUGAUGCAGAAGAUGAGAAAACAGAAAUAAAUAAUUUUUUAGCUACAAAUAUAUCUACAGACGAAAGUAAUUUUAGAAGUGAACGAACAUGCAAAGGUUUACGUUACCAAAAGUUCCUUGCAGAACAGAUGAAAAAUGUUGGUGUAUCAGGACAACAGCCUAAGCGAAGAAGACAAGCUGGAAGUCGUAGUAGUGAUGGUCAAACAAAUGAAAGAAGAAAUUCUAUUUCUUCAAAUGUUAGUGAAAAGACGGAUUCCUUGAGUAGUGAAGGUGGAAACAGUUCCCGUGGUGAAUUGGAACAUCUUGUUGAAAGUGCUGAGGGAAAUUUGGAAGCAUCAAAACCAGAAGAAACAGAAACUGAAGGUACAGAAGAGCAAGUUGAUUUUGGACCAUGGACUGCAAGGAAAAGGUUCCGAGCUGAGGACUUUAAUUUAGAAAAGAAAAUUGAAGCAUUACCAUCUUUAAGUUUAGAAGAAUUUCAGGAAAAGAAGAAACAACAACGUACGAAAAAGAAAAAAAUUAUUCAAAAAUUGACAUCAACUUCAAAUAAUAAAAGAUAUCAGAAUAAUUUUGAUACCAAUGAUCAAACAAAUAAUCAGAAUAUCUCAAAAAUAUGUCAAACGGAACGUGAAAAUUCAGAAGAUACUGAAAAACUGCUAGUUGGAAGUCAAAAACGAAAAGCACGAAAACAAAGCAUUACGCGCAAUGCUGCAGCAAUAAAUGAUUUAAAGCAAGUCGAAAUUGAGGAAUCCGAAAAAUCGUGGUGUGCGUCGCCGGACUUGGAAGCAUUGGUAUGUCUUGCAGCAGUUGCCGCCAACAGAACAAAACUUACCAAAAAUAAUACAUAAAAGAUACAUAUUUUUCGUAUUUAGCAGUCGUU